GUUCGGAAAGCCUAUACGCUUCCUGUUGCCCUCUUGCAGGGUUUUUCCUCAACCAGCAUUGCAAUUCUUGAUUUCUCUAUUUCUCUAUUCGUUUAUCCGGUCUUACUAUCACUGAUGCCCACUAUUCCCGUUUCUCGUUCCUCAUCUCUCACCAGUGUCGCUAGUGACGACGCUCAGGCUGACGCUGCUCGUUCACGAAGAAAACGCUUCUCCAAUGUCCAGACUAUGAUACUAGAGAACAUGUAUAGACAUAAUUCUCGUCCUUCUCGGCAAGAACGCGAAACGCUGUCCAAAGCAGGUCAAAUAGACGUCAAAUCAGUAACGAUAUGGUUCCAAAACAAACGACAGUUGGAACGAAAAAGUGCUUCUCAUCGUGUGGAGGGGAAGCUUCACCACCACAGCAAGAGACACAGUGACAAUAGUCGACAUUCGCACUCGCGUCCACGGUCCCCAGUUUCACGUUCACCCUCAUUACCAGUGCCUCUGUCCUCAUCGUUCCCUCCCACAGUCCGUCCAUCACUCGAGCGAGUUGCAUCACGCUCAGAGCUUGCCUUACCUCCCGAACCGCAAACACCUAAACGCAGUCCUUGUACUGUUACUGGUCGGGGUAACCUGCCCAUAUGGGAGUGCAUGCCCUCCUCACCACCUGGCCCCCUCGAAAGCCCUCCAGCUCGUGAUUUCGUCGAAUUUGGAAAACUGAAGAGGUCUAUCACCCUGGAAUGGGCUUGUGCGAGGAGGAGGAUGGCCGAGAAGGAGGGUGGGGCAAGGGCUGUGGGUGAGGAGGAGGAAGAGGGCGAUGAAGUGGAUAGAAUCAUGUCGGAAAAGGCUAGAGCAAAGAUGUUCAAUCUGCCGUCAAAGAGGAGAUUGGAGAGGUCGGUCACCUGGACUAUGGGCGAUGUUCGGAAAGUGUCUGCGAUUAGAGAGCCCUCCAGUUUGAGGAGAUCGGAAUCAUACAACCAGCAACAGGACGAUGACGAUGUCAUGCGAGCUGCAUUGGUUCUAUGCGGGUUGGGUCGUGGACACGGUGACGGUAAAUCAUGACUUCCGUCGGGUCACAUACCUAUCAGUGUAUACCACCUCUGUAUAAUAUGUACAUGGUCUGCAGCUCGUUCGGGACUGUAUAUACGGGUGUUUUUGGAUAUGUAUGUACCAAGGAGAGGUUGAAUGCAAACGACACAUUCUUUUAGUGA